CUUCUGCAAGCCUCUUCAUCAGCCUCAAACCGAUCUUCCGCCAACCCACCCCAUUCCGUUCUUCUGUGAUUCUUCCUGCAUAUUCGAAUCUUAUCGCGGCGCCCACCCUUUACUUCCCACUCCUCUCUCCCCGGCGCUUCCUCCGUGAUCUUUCCGGACCGACGUUCCCCACGUCAUACAGUCUAUUCCCGGUUGAUCGCCGCGGCCGGCGUAAAGACUUCAAACCGUCAUCGCUUUGACCCAGGAAAUUACAGGUCAAGGUCAAUUCGGAAAUUUCCUAGCACCAUGUCACUCUGUCAGAAUCGUCUGCAGGAGGAGCGAAAGCAGUGGCGGAAGGAUCACCCCUUCGGCUUUUAUGCUCGGCCUCAGAAGAACGCCCAAGGAGUGCUCGACUUGAAGGUGUGGGAAUGUGGUAUUCCCGGUAAGGAGAAGACUAUAUGGGAGGGCGGUCUGUUCAAGCUGACCGUGACGUUUCCCGACGAGUACCCGACGAAACCCCCAAAGUGCAAAUUCGUGCCCCCUCUCUUUCACCCCAAUGUUUACCCGUCAGGCACAGUCUGCCUGUCUAUCCUAAACGAGGAGGAGGCUUGGAAGCCCGCAAUCACCAUCAAGCAAAUCCUUCUCGGUGUCCAGGACCUUCUAAAUGACCCCAACCCGGAGUCACCGGCACAGGCAGAAGCGUAUAACAUGUACAAGAAAGACCGGGCGCAGUACGAGAGACGAGUUAAGCAGAUCGUGCGGGAGAAUGCCGCGCCCUAGGAUUCCCGUACCUUUCGAGAAGAUAUUGAACGUCUGCAUGGUGGGAUGGAACCUGGGAUUCGGAUUACGGAGUUUACGGAAUACCAAUGGCGGCACAGCAUAUGGAGUUAUCGGGAUGGUCUUUCAUGGCAAGCUGCAAACUGGUUGGUCUUGGGUGGGAUGGACCGCUAUCCGUGACAUGGGACGUGGCAGACAGCUCUUGACGGCAACUCUCGGCUUACGGCAGCUGCCCUUGCAGAGUUCACUCUCCAGAGACUGGAAAUAAAAUGCCAUGUCGCGCGUGACCUGCGCCUCUGCUAUGUGGAUGCAACAGCGUUGAUGCGUGCUUUCUUAUCGG